CAGAUUGCGACAAAUGUCUAGCUUAUAUUUCUACAGUGUUAGUGACUUCAUCGUGUUUGACAUUUUUAAUCGCUGCGAGAUUGCGCGAUACAGCUUUAUUAAUCUUAUUGUUCCAUAAAAAGUUCAUUGUUUAUUAUAAUCCUAAAAAUGAAAUGAAAUGAAUAUUGUUAUCAAAGUUUAUUUUCGAAUGGAUUGUUAAUAUUGAUGUCUAUAAAAGAUUUUUGCGCAUCGUCUUCCUUCAAAAUUGAUGAAAAAAUUUGUCUAGAAUGAGUCAAGUGAUUUAAUUAUAUAUGAAGGUUAAAUAACGGUUAUCGAUUGCUUUUCUUUUCUGCCUAUAGUCUUUUUCGAUACGACGUUGGCAUAGACGAUUUGUUAUCUUUUGUCUGAAGACUAUAUAAAAGCGUAUUCCAAUUGAAGAAUUUGUUCAAUUUCGAUAUAAAACUAAAUAUGAAUGAAAAUAAACGAAAAUUAUCUUGUGAGAAUUUCUCGGACGAAAAAUCUAAGAAAUUUUGCAGUAAGUUAUUUUCAUGAUGAAUAUAAAAUAAUUUGUAUGUUUUUUUUGUUGUAAUAGAUUCAUGGAUAAGUGGUUUUGAAGAUUUAUCAAAUGACUUGUUCUGUGAAAUAUUUGAUUAUUUCAAUGGAUAUGAAUUAUUUGAAUCAUUUUCAAAUUUAAAUUUUCGAUUUGAAAAAAUUCUUCAUAGUUAA